UUCCCUUUAUUUUUUUGAGCAAUGUAUUUUAGGUCUGGACUUUGAGUAGGCAAUUCUAAAAUAUGCAUAUGCUUUGAUCUAAAACAUUUAAUUGUAGCUCUGACUGUAUGUCCACAAUGUUCUUCCUGAGUUGUCUGCUGUGACCUGUCCGGUUUCUAGGAAAUUCUGUUAGAAAAUAGGAGACUGUUUUAGGCUAAAGACAUAGGAAAAUCGUCUGUGACUGAAUAAGGAAAUAUUUAAGCCUUUCAUCCCCGUGCUAAGGUCCCAUUAAUACUGACUUUUGGUUUAUGUUAUUAUUGUAAUUCUUCCGAUUUCACAGGAUUCACUUUUAAAGCACAGAAAAACUCUCCUGAAGGCCCUGUAAAUCAUCAUGCUGCACCAUGACGCCCUCAAGUGGUGAACUGCGGCAUUACGACAUGAUACCCGUCUAAAAAUAGUUCAGUUUCGGUUUCCAAUCAGCAGAAAUGAUACCGAGCAUUUCCCACUCUCCAUGAACCGAGCGCCUCCGUGUCCACAGCUGCACUCGUCAGGGCGGAAGGGUUCUUUGAGGACACGCAGAGGAGCAAUGGAAGCUGAAAUAUUAAAGUUCAUCUGCGCUAAUCAAGGAGCAGUCGAUGCUGAAGAUUUGAUGUGCAAUCUUUUCCCAGGGGAGUCCACGACUGAUGUGGUUUCCAACCAAAACAAGUUCGCCUUGUGGUCGAGCAAUGGUCAGCAGAGAGUUGUGGCCCGGACCAGCCUGAAACUGUGCAGGCAGAAAGACUGCCCGGGGGGACCAUGCAGGGGGUUACACCUGUGUAAAAACUUCCUCUUCAGCGGGUCCUGUCAGUUCCUCCUCAGAAGAGGCUGCAGUUUCUCCCAUGAUCUGAACUCUGACUACAACCAAAAGUUACUGAUAGAACAUGAGCUGGAGGGACUGAGCAGGGCCGAGCUGUGUACUCUGCUGCUACAGAGUGACCACACGAUGCUACCUUCCAUAUGUCAUGAUUACAAUAAUGGUGAAGGAGUAUUUGGUCGGUGUACGAGCGGUGUAGCUUGUGAAAGGCUUCACGUCUGUGAGAAGUUCCUGACCCAAAACUGCAGCUGCUUCCGGGCCCAUGACUUUCUUGCAUUUCAGCCAAAGUCAAAAUUGGAUGGCAAGAUGGUGCCCGACAACAUCAAACUGUCCUUGAAGUCCAUUUACGCAAAUAGAGAAACGUUGAGGAUCUCCAGCAGAGGGGGAGCUAGUAGGGGUCGCAGGGGUAACCACAGCUCUAAUGAUAGGCGGGGUUACAGAGGAAGAGGAAGAGGUGGCAACAGGGGUAACAGGGGGCCUAGAGGCAGUAGGGGAAAUAGAGGAAACUUCAGACACCAACCAACGCCUACCAGUAGUGACAUUCAGGGUGACCUUGAUGGGUGGGAUCUGUGCUCUGAAGAUGGAUCUAGUUACAGUCUUGAAAGAGAUUAUAAUAUUUCCAGCAGUAACAUCUCUGCUGAUGGCUAUUACAUUGAUGCAAAAAGUGACAGUGGCUUAAUGGUAGAGCAGAGGCAGUGGAUCCGAGGGAGAGGUGGUAACAGGGGGUUUAGAGCCCCCAGGGGGCAUAGAGGAAACGGGGGGGACAGGGGAAAUGGAUGUAACCUCCAACAGCAACUACGAUCCACUUCCUUUGGUGACAUCUGGAGUGAGUUUGAUGGCUUAAAUCUGUGCUAUGAACGUGGACCAAGUCAAAGCGAGAGUGGCCAGGGAGAUCUUAAUUCGUCCAACAGUGACGACACUGACACCACUGGCAACAAAAGUAGGAGACGCCGCUCAAAAAGCCGUAGUCGAACUUCAACAGAUAAAGGGAGAGACGGCAACCAACAAGGGUUCCAAAGAGCCGCCGGCGUUGAUGACCUCUGUGCUGCUGCUGGUAGAGAAGAGGGAAAUGGAGGGGAUGAACAGAAAAGAAGACCAAGAAACAAACCUGUAAAGGAUAAAACUGAGAUAUGCAUGUACUUCAUUAAAGGCUACUGUAAGCAUGAUGACAAGUGUUUUAAAGCUCACGACAAGAUGCCGUACAGGUGGCAGGUUCAGGAAGGCGAUCGGUGGAACGCGUUGCCUGACAAUGAGACAAUUGAAAAGGAAUACAGUGACCCAGGCAACACAUACAGCAGCAGCAGUCCGCCUGUGCAUUUUGACACAAUGACGCGUGGAGGGAACAAAGUACGAAGGCUCUCUACGGUAAACUCUUUGGUUGAGCCGAACUUCAUCCACACCACGGAGUGGCUCUGGUACUGGCAGGACGAGUUUGGGAAGUGGAACUGUUACGGUUCAGAUAGCACUGGAAGGAAAUCAGCAGACAUCAACAGCGCAACGCUGGAGCAGAAGUUCCUGGACAAUGAGAAUGAUGUAGUGGAGUUCUCCGCUGGCUCCCAGUCUUAUUCUCUUAGUUUCCAGGACAUGAUUCAAACAAACAAGCGUUAUAGCACUAAGAGGCUUGUGAGCAGACGUCCUCAGUUUGUCUCUGCCGCAGAUGUCCGAACAAAGAAAGUGAGAAGGCCUCCAGCUAAUUCUUCACCUGUGCCAGACAACUGGGACAAGACACAGAUUCCUCUAACAGGAUUCUCGAAGGUCGCCCUCCCGCGCGCUUCGGAUGAAUUUAAAAGGCUCAAAGUACUUUUUUUUUCAACCUUGAGAGGCUUCAAUAUUGUCAAGAUAGAGAGGAUUCAGAACAAAGCGCUUUGGGAAGUCUUUCAGUGGCAAAAGAAUCAGAUGAAGAACAACAACAAUGGAUGUGAGGUGGAAGAAAAGCAACUUUUUCAUGGCACCAACUCUAAACAUGUCGACGCCAUUUGCCUCAACAACUUCGACUGGAGGAUCUGUGGGGUUAAUGGAACAGCUUAUGGAAAAGGAAGCUACUUUGCCCGGGACGCUAAAUACUCCCACAGUUACACUGGUGACUCUGAUGUAAAAACCAUGUUCAUCACACGUGUGUUGGUGGGGAGCUACACAGAAGGGAAGUCCAGCUACGUCCGGCCUCCUUCCAAAGACAGUGGAGACAUAAACUUCUAUGACAGCUGUGUCGACAACAUUGCAAACCCUUCCAUAUUUGUUGUGUUUGAGAAGCACCAGAUCUAUCCUGAGUACCUGCUGCAGUACGAGACCACACAGCUGGCAGUCAACAAGCCUAGCACAUCUGUGUCAGUUCAGCAACCGAAACCAGUGCCUUCAUUUAAACCGCCAGUGCAUCAACCCAGCAUAGCGUCGUAUCAACCCAGCAUAGCGUCGUAUCAACCCAGCACAGCGUCGUAUCAACCCAGCACAGCGUCGUAUCAACCCAGCACAGCGUCGUAUCAACCCAGCAUAGCGUCGUAUCAACCCAGCACAGCGUCGUAUCAACCCAGCUCCUCAUCAUAUCUAUCCGGCACAACCUCCUCCCUGUACCAAAACAGACCUGCUUACCAACCUUCCCAUUCUUCCUCAUCUUCAUCCUCAAAACCAAAUACCAAAAAAUCAGAUGCCUGCGUUAUAGCUUAAAGACAGUGGAGAAAUGAAAGCGGUGGAUGUUAAUAGUUGAGGAAGUUUAUUAAAACCUUUUCAUAUAUCAUCUGAAAAAAAUUGUGUUAAAAGGGGCAAUCAUAGUUUUUGGUAAGCUUAAAGAAAUAUUUGUAUAUUAUCCUUACUGAGCCUGUAUGUCAAACAUAUUCCAAAAACGGAAGGAAAAUUACAAGCAAAGGCAAAUUUGACAACUUUGUGAAAAUAUUUCAUUUUAAUUCUAAAUUUCUUAUUGCAGUAAUUUUUUUCAUUUAGUGCUUUUGUUACCAUUAGUGGGCUAACUCGGUGAAACAGUACAUCAGAGAGGUACUCGUAAUUAAACGCUGCUCUGCAGACCGACGCUCAAACCCUGCAUAAAGCUGGAUUGCUAGAACUUUAAUUGUUGUGACUGACUUUACGUACACUUUGUAUGUAAAGGGGCUCCAUUUUGGAGGAAAACACUACUAAUGUUGUCGUCACUGCUGAUUACACCACAACACCAGCAGGCUGUUUGACGGGAUAAAUACAAAGGUCUCGGCCCUGUCCAAGCAAAAACUAUUUGACAUUUGUAAAAGGAUUCUCAUAAUCACAGGAAUUUUAUUAGGAAUCUUUAUCUGCAGGAAAGCACUAAAACAGUCCCGUGGGGGUGGCGCUGUAAUAUUUCUAUGAUUAAAAAAAACAAAGGCGACAUGGAGCAAGCACAUAAAGUUUGCUCUGUUGGAAUAUAGCAUUCAAUUUCAAAACAUUUUGAUUUGGAUAGCUACACGAAAAAACGUAAGAGUGACAUUUCAUAAUGUUUUUCACUCUGAAAUCGGUUUCCGGCUCUUAAUAAGCAAUUUGUUUGUGGAUUAAAAGCUGAAACAAUAAAGAAAAAAAAGUUGCAUAUUCUAAUAAAAUCGUUUCCGUGUGAACGGCACUCAGCUACACUUUAACGUUUAGAAAAUGGACUUCGACUACUUUAAUGUAUGAGUGCUCAAUGUGUCAGAUCAGACAAAUAGAGAAUUCUUGUACUGUUCUGACUGAGAGACAUCACAAAUAACAUGGUGGUUUCCAACCACCCUAACUUAGCGUAUUUAAUGACAUGCGUAAUGUCUUUGGUGACCAGUUAGCCAAACUGUAUUUACACUGUCUACGGUUGGCAUAUGGAAAAAUACUGUAAAGACGUAGAGUAAAGACGUAGUAUGCAUGAACAGACAUCACAUUGGUUUGUCACCUGCUACGGUUUAAUAAACAACAGCAGAUCCAUUUUCUUUGAAUGUAUCUUCUAACAGCCAGUAGAGGGUGACUAAAUCACUUGUCAUUCAAAAAAAUACAUAAAACUUUGACCUAUCUGAUUGAGUAUGUGGCAAAUGAAUGAUUUCACACUGAGUUUAUGGUGGAGGGCUAUAAUGUCUCAGGUGUUUUGCCAAAUGUGUCGCUUCUUUAACAUUAAUCAUUUUGUACGUUUAGAUUCACAUAAACUGCAAACAAACCUUAAGCUUUGAAGUAGAUUCACUGCUUUGCUGGAGCUGCAGUUUCUCUCUACGUUGAACAAAAUAUUCCAUCAGAAGUUGGUUAUUUUCUCUUAUUUUGAAAUGAGCUUUGAAAAUAGAAACAUUGUGCCUGUCUGUGUCUCCAGUGGCAUGACAAAUUAUUGCAGACACUUACUCAAGUAAUUACCUGCACUGACUGCUCCGUUUGUUUCACACUUUAUAUAUAUAUAUAUAUAUAUAUAUAUAUGUUUAACACUGGUUCAGGAUUAGCAAACUGCUCAGUUUACUUGCCUUGACAACUGUCACUUUUACAGCAUCUUCUUAUCUUACUUUUUGGGGGGUUUUAUUCCAAGCUUGUUUUGUCUAUUUCAGAGCUGUGAAGUUUGCUUAAAAAUGAAUUGACAUUUAACUGUAACAACAUUCUUGUGAUGGCUCUCUAAAUCCUCUAACUAAUUCUUGUUGGUUUAGUUUUUGAAUUAAUUUUGUUAGUUUUAAUCAGAAGUACACUGAAGUAGAGCAAUACAUGUAUGCAAACCUGCCGUUUGUCAAGCCAUUAAAUUCGUAUGUAUAAAGUAAUUUGUGAGAAAAACAAUAAGGGCUCCUUGAUUUUAGUUUUUCUUUUAAGGUAGCAGAUUAAGUAAUGACUUGAUUACAGGUUUUUCCAAAACUUCUUGCUAAUCUGUUGUUACAUGUAUGCUUCCAUCUGUGUCUUUUCAAAAUAAAACUGUUUCCUAUUA